AUGGCUACGCUGUUUUCACUGGGUUUCAUGAUCUUGGUGAAUAAUUCGAGUAAAGAAAAUGAAGAUGUGGAGGUGAAACAUACGAUUGUUGUAUCCACGAAGCUGAAGAAUAACAACAGAAGAGGCCUGCAGAAUUCUCGCGAUGAUAACCCUGAUCCUGCGAUGCACAGGUCUGGUCUAUUCCUGAACAGAAAGAAGGAAGAUAGUGGAGAAGUCCCUGUGAUAAAAGGUUACAAAGCGCUGGAGACAACGCAAAUCUUAACGCCCGAUACUCGUCUGAAGUCGCCAAUCAAUGCUGUGAAUGCACCUGUUUGGCACAAUACACCGGACGAAUAUGACAUUUAUCCAAACCAAGCUAUAAACCCGAUGCAGUUCAAACCGUCCAACUUCUACAACAACAUCAACUGGUGGAGUCAAGACGAUGCAAUGAGUAUAAACAACUUCAUCAGACGAAACUACGCAACAAGUUUUCCAAAUACCAGAUCCGUUUUUCAUAGAGACUUAACUGAGGACGGCGUUAGUGACUUUUACUGUAAGAAAUGCAGAGAGAUGGGCGGUGGGCACGGAACGCGUGGAUGCGUACAGCAAAGUCGUAACCCUUGGCACAAUGUGAAUACAACGCCGAGGGUUAAGAUUGACGGCAAAUUAGCCAAAUUAAAUUAUCGUGUCAUUAUUCCGUUCGACAUGCCG